UCAGGUGGCGAGCGCGCGAGGGGGCGGUGCGCGCGAUGGCUGCCUCCUGCAUCCGGGUCCCUCCUCCUUCCGUGCUGCGCGAGGGAAGUUGUCAGGAGAGCUCGGCCGGGCGGGGAGGAGCAGAAGGAGCCCUGAGGAGAAUACAAAGCCCGGGUUUCUCUGCUUUCCUAGAGAGGAGGCCCCGAAGUAGUCUCGAAGAAGGUCUUAUAACUGACAAAAAAUGGAAGAAGAAGUAAGUCAGAUGGAGCCCUGUGACGAAAACCAGGUGCCAAAUUCUGAAGGUGGAUAUGUGUGGCAGGUUACUGACAUGAAUCGAUUGCGCCGUUUCUUGUGUUUUGGUUCUGAAGGAGGCACUUACUACAUCAAGGAACAAAAAUUGGGCUUUGAAAAUGCUGAGGCUUUACAGAGACUUAUUGAAGAUGGCAAAGGGUGUGAAGUGGUGCAAGAAAUAAAGACGUUCAGUCAAGAAGGCAGGGCAGCAAAACAGGAGCCUAUCUUACUGGCACUUGCUAUUUGCUCACAGUGCUCUGAUACAAAAACAAAACAAGCAGCUUACAAGGCUGUCUCUGAUGUCUGUCGCAUCCCAACCCAUCUCUUCACUUUCAUCCAGUUUAAAAAGGAUCUGAAGGAGGGCAUGAAGUGUGGCAUGUGGGGUCGCGCCCUAAGAAAAGCUGUUGCUGAUUGGUAUAAUGAAAAGAAUGACAUGGCUAUUGCCUUAGCAGUGACAAAAUACAAGAAAAGAAAUGGCUGGUGUCAUAAAGAUCUUCUUCGAUUGUCUCAUCUAAAACCAGCAAACGAAGGCCUUGCCAUAGUCACUAAGUAUGUCAUGAAAGGGUGGAAGGAGGUCCAAGAAGCUUAUAAAGAUGACAAGUAUUCUGCUGAAACUGAAAAACUGCUGAAGUAUUUGGAGGCAGUGGAGAGGGUGAAACAUACAAAGGAUGAAUUGGAAGUGAUUCAUUUGAUAGAAGAAUUUAGUCUAGUUAGGGAACACCUCCUGACAAGUCAUUUGAAAUCUAAAGAGGUAUGGAAAGCAUUGCUACAGGAGAUGCCCUUAACAGCAAUGCUGAGGAAUCUAGGGAAGAUGACAGCAAAUUCUGUUCUUGAACCAGGAAGCCCAGAAGUAACAAUAGUUUGUGAAAGAUUAAGAAAUGAAAAACUUCUUAAAAAGGCUCGGAUACAUCCAUUCCAUAUUUUGGUUGCUCUAGAAACAUAUAAAGGGGAACGUGGCUAUCGGGGGAAACUUCGUUGGCAACCUGACAAGGAUAUUUUGGAAGCUCUUGAUGCCUCAUUUUACAAGACCUUUAAGACAGUAGAGCCAACUGAGAAGCGUUUUUUGCUUGCAGUUGAUGUCAGCGCUUCUAUGUCCCAGAAGGUUUCGGGCAGUGUACUGAAUGCUAGCACCGUUGCUGCAGCAAUGUGUAUGCUUGUUGCACGCACUGAAAAAAAUUCACACAUUGUUGCCUUUUCCCAUGAAAUGGUCCCUUGUCCGGUGGCUGAAGAUAUGACUUUAUCUCAAGUGUUACAGAAAAUGUGUGAGAUCCCAAUGGGUGCCACGGAUUGUUCUCUCCCAAUGCUAUGGGCUCAAAAGGCAGGUGUGGCUGCUGAUGUAUUUAUUGUGUUUACGGAUAAUGAGACCUUUGCUGGAGAGAUUCACCCUGCCACAGCUUUGAGGCAGUACCGGGAGAAAAUGGGUAUUCCAUCCAAACUGAUAGUUUGUGGAAUGACAUCCAAUGGCUUCUCCAUUGCAGACCCAGAUGAUAGAGGCAUGUUAGAUAUUUGCGGUUUUGACGCAGCAGCACCAGAUGUCAUUCGAAACUUCAUUUUGGAUUUGAUUUAAUUCUGUGAACAUAUGCUUUCCUGGCGUUACCAGCUGAAGACUGAUCUGGGACCUACCAAUUGAAUUGACUGAUUGUAUUAACUCAUGGCUGAGUUUUAAUGCAUCAAUUAGAAUGUUUAACAUUUUAAAGGUGGGCAGAGGCAAAAUCACUUCUGGGGAGACUGUUUAAAUCUGUUGCACACUGUUAAAAAUAACAAUGGAAUGCCUUUUAGAAAUAGCUGUGGAAAACAGUGUAUGCUUCUAAUUUUUUUAUAAUAGCUUAUCCUUAACAAGGUAUUCUAUUGCUGUAGAAUUUAUUUUCCAGAAUAAUUUUACUCUUUUACUCCCUGUUUGGGAAGUUAUUUCAAUGUUUUACAUUGUGUUGGGUUGAUAAAAGAGAGGCCCAGUCUGUACUUCAGGUUACCUCACUUCUAUCAAUGCGCAUUGGCUCGCAUUGCUUAUAGCACAUUUGUGUUUGGCAAAUUGCUGCUUUCAGUGCUCCUUUUGUUAGUAAGGAAUUCUGUAUAUCCAGAUACUGACUUAUUUUGGGACAACUGGUUUGUUCUAAGGGGUUUGUGGGUAUGGCUGUUUUUUGGUCUCCUCAACCCUUUUUGUUUUCAAGCAAGUCUUGCUAGAUUUGCACAAUUUUGUCAUCAUGGUUUAGGUUCUCACUGAUUUAGGAAUAUGUUGCAAGACUCACUAAAAGAGAAAGGUGAGAAAAUUAGGUUUAAAUUCCUUUUCAUCUAAUAGAAAGGGAACAAAGAAGGGAACAUGCAUAUUUAUAGUGACAUAAGAAAUAGAAUUAGAUUCUAACAUUAUUUAUGUAUUACUUGUGUGUUCUGUAGUCUCAUAAUGAAGCAGAACUGGUGCCAUGCUUCUAGUCCUUCCCUCUGUCUACCUGUUGAAUGAGAAUAGUUGCAAGAGAGCUGCCUUGCUGUGUGUGAGCAACUAUGUACAUUUAGGUAAUACGCAGUUCUGCACAUCCUAAUUGUGUGGAGUUCCUACAUGUGAACAAGAGUGAAUGCAUAGGCUUUUAUUCCUAGAUUCUGCUUAACACAUAAAAGUCAAAAUCUGGAAUUAGCUGAGGAAUGUGAAAUUUGGACCAAACCUAGAAGUGCUGCCUCCUUCUGUUUCACCACAGGAUUAACCCUACAUAUGUGGGUAACAUAUGAGGAAGGGUUGUGAAACAACUCUAUGUGUAAUGUAGCUGAACCAAUAAAAUUCUCAGAUGUUUUGUGUGCAGCUGAGGCCAGUGAGAAACAUGUUACUAGAUUAAGUUAUCAGUAAAACAGUAGUGCAGAAAAAAACCUAAAAACCAACCCUUGUGUUUUUCAUCUCUACUGUACUAUAACAAAGUACUUAUAAGAAUGUGUUAGACCAUGUGACUGUGAUAGGAGUACAAAAGUUACAUAUUUUAAAAGGGAGAAACUAUCGUAAAAUUGUACUGUUAGAUUGUGUCCAUAGAUUGUGUGAGAGAGGCAUUUUGUGCAACUGAUGUUACUCUUCUCCCUGCUCUCCUCUGCAUUCUUUCAGUGAGUUUUUUCACCCCCAUAAAGUCAAGCAGAGAACCUUUGCUCCAGAGUGGCUCAGAUAGUAUAACUUCCUUUUUCUGUUUCAAGUGAUAAUCCCUUUGGAAUAUACCAGCCAGCCCUUUUUUGUUUCGAGGUGCAAGUAGAAGGAAAGAAAAAAAUAAGCUGAAAUAGUUGCCUUCUGCUUAAUAACCAAUGAUAGAACUUAAUCUUAUUAGGCUUUUUGGAGUCGAAUGUGGAUGUUCUCUAUCACAACCUACUGUGAAAGAGAUGGGAGAUACACAAGGAGUUUUAAUUAUUGCUCAAACCUAGCUUCCUUCAUUGAGGCUGUUUAGAAGUACGUCUACAUGUCGAACUCUUUGUCUUUACAGAGUCCUUGAAUUAAUAGUCCAAUAGUUAGAGCAAAACUAAUAAAUUGUAUUGGGGUCCUCAAAUGUAAUACAUAUAAUAUAAAGACACUUUCUAAUGGUUUUAUCAUUUAGCUUGACGAGAUUCUUUUUAGUGCAGCUGGGGAAAUACUUCUCCGUUCAAGCAGUGAUAUUAUCUGAAAAUCAAGCAUAAUUGUAACCAGGUAAUUAUACAGUACAGCCAAUAACCUUAUACAUUUUAUAGCCAAGUACUUAUAUAGGACUGAACUGGGUAAUUAUAUGCUUUAUACAGUAGCUUCUACGAUUGUAGCAACUGUCAGCUUAUUUCAGUCAAACAUGUUUGUAGUCUGUGUAAGAGAUGUCUCCUGUAGGGGCUUACAUUUUUGCACCACUGUAGAACAUUUUUAGGGUCUCUUCCCCCCCCCCCCCCCAAGUGCUUAAAAUUGCCUGGGGAAAUUGUCUUAACACCAUUUUAUUAUAGUACCUAAAGAAAUAACACAAAUCCGCUAGAAUGUGCAGUUGUUGCAAAAUGUGCAUCAUAGAAUCUGAUGCUAUUUAUGUAGUGAAGUGUGCUUAAUAUAGUUGAUGGGUUAGAGGAGUAUUUGAUUAAAUUGUGGGCGCUUCCAGACAGGGCUUAAACCCAUGCCGAAGCAGGAUUAAGAAACUCACUUGGGCAUGGGUUUUAACUCCCCACGUUCCCACAAAAAACUGGGGUUUCCUGGUGGGGUGUCCCCAUGCCAUCCUGAUAAUUUCCGGGAUGGCAUGGGGCCACCCCCCCCCCCCCCAAAAUAAGCCUCAUAAGUAAAAAACAAAACAAAAACUUACCGGGCUGAUAUUACAUUUAAUGCUUGGGGGUGGGGAGGGGAUGCCCUUUCAGUUCUCCGAGAGGGUUUUGGGGACUGACCCUCAGGACUACCUGGAAGUCAGUCCACACAGGCCCCAUUCACCAUUAGACCUGGGCCUUUUAGAAAGGCCCAGGUCUAAUGGGGUAUUUUAUUCGGAACAAAGCAGAGUUUACCUGCUUUGUCCCAAGUUAAUUCAGUUUUGCCGGAGGCAUUGUUUGGACACCUCCGGUAAAAGCUCCACAGGCCCUAGUUUUGGGGCCUGUAUGGAAGGACCCUGAGAUGGAAAGGGUGUCCAAUUAAUUGAAAAACACCUUUAAUUAUGAUGAUGAUGAUAACAUGGUUUGGCAUCUAAAUGGAUCUCCAUUGCUAACAGAAAAUUUCUACAAGUGAAUGGGUAGCAUCUUGCCAAUGCACCUCAAGGUUUGGAGAGAUGUGUGGUAAGAGAAGACAGUAAGGGAAAAAUUGGUUGCACCAUUAAAAAUAUAAGUAACAGCAAUAUUGGAUAUACCAAUACUGUAUAAGCUCUUGAAACUACAAGGGUAAUAUCUUAAGAAUAAUGUUUGAAAUUUCAUACCGUUAAAGUAAGUGGGAUUCAGUUCUGUAAGCCCUGAGAGUGUAGAUACUUUUAGGCUCUCAACAGAAGUCACGAGUUAUCAAAAGCAGCUCUCUUGCAAUCAUGCCAUUUGAAAAACUUGUGGACGCAUCAAUCUCUGUGUGUAAAAUGAUUUCCACUAAAGUAUCUGAAAAUGUUUCUGGAGUGUUGAACUGCUUCUCCAGCAUCUUGAAUUAUAUUUGUUCUAAAUUUGCUCUCUUGUAUAAUUUCUAAGAGAGCUCUUCAGGCAUUUCCUACGUAAUUGUACAAAAUAAACAAUUUUGGUUCUUA